AUGACUUCAGCUCACCCUCAAUAUAACUACAACCGAAGAAAUUCCGCCUCCGCUCCGUACACGGUACCUCCGAAGCACCACCACCAUAAACACACACAUUCGCAUUCGCAUUCACACUCACACACACCUUCACACACACCUUCACACACAGGACAAGCAGGCUUCCAGCCUCUUUCUAGAGAUUUUGUAGUUCGUAGGAUUAGCGAAGGUGAGACUGGCAGGCUCAAAGAGGAGUUGAAGUGUGAAUCUUGUGGCAAAGGCUAUAAGCAUAUUUCAUCCUUGGCCAAACACUUAUGGGAGCAUACACCAGAAUGGAACGUGACGAAGAAAUUACUACUUUCAAAGCACCAGCAGGUACAACUUUUGGAGGCUGCAAGUAUUCUUGUAGGAAUGAAUGAACCGACUGGUGCAGCAGUGCCCGCUGCGCAUAAGAAUGCUACUGGCGCGUCCAGUAGAAGAAAUCUGGAGUACUUCUCUCCAAUUAGCGAAGAUGACGAUUACGAGCAAGUUGUAUCGUCAGAUACUUCAUACACUCCGAUGAAUUCUAUAGAUAAGGGUAAAGAAAGUACCGAAGCAGCUCAAAUUAAAAGGUUUUCUACUGGCUAUGAAAAUACUUCAAUAAAGUCUCGUAGAGCUGGUUCUGUAUCACAAUACCCACCAUCAUAUCUCUCUGGAAAGAAAGAGGUAAAUGAACCUGGAGUUCAUUCCACCUUUGAAGGAGGCUACUUGGAUACAAAUGCAGAAGAUGACAGUAAUAACGAUAAUAAGAAAGCUCGUUCGCUUUCGAUUGUGUUAAAUCAUGACUCUAGACAUCGCAUGGAAGAUUCAGGGUUGGCGUCGCCUGACUCAAGAAUGACUUAUGUGGAUACGCCAUUGCACCCUCCUGUGUUUUCGCCAUCUCCAAGUGCUUCUACACAUUCCAGUCCCAAGACAGAGGCACAAGAAAGUGGCUCAUUAGAGAAUUCAAUAGAUGAAAUUGUAAACUAA